UGGUGCUUUGUGGUGGUGACAUUUCUAGAAAGAAGUGAGGUUAUUAGUUAAGCUUUUUUUUAAGUUAAAUAAAGUUUUUUCAGUGUUUUUAGUUGAAAACUGGCAAAAAUUAUAAUAUAUAAUUAAAUUAGGCAAUCCAAAUCUCGUAACUUUAAAUUGGCAAAAACAACAAAAGAGUUGAAAAAUGGACGUAAUUUACUUACAAUAACAGUCAACAGCCAGGAUUUUUGUCCAUUCUGACAAGUGUUUACAAAUUUAAAUAUAUAGUUUUUCAAUUCUUUAAAAUGAAUUUAAAAUCAAAACGAGACGGUGCUAGGAAAGAAGGUCCAAUUCGUUGUAUAUUUUUUUGUGAAUUUCAUCAUACUGCAGGUCCUAUGAUAUCUUGCCAAGUCCCAGAAAAUUAUAUAUCUAAGGAAUUAUUCGAUAGUAUAAGCGUUUACAUUAUAACAAAGGCAGAGUUACAAAGAAGUGUUAUUACAGUGACCCUCCAUGAUUAUAAAAUACUGGGGUUUCCAGUAAGAAUUGAUGAUAAGGAUAAAUAUGUUAGAAAUGCAUUCCACUUUAAUUUAUGCUUUGUCUGUGAUAGUGAUGCCAGAACUGUACAAUUUGAAACAGUAGUCAUGAAAUUUUCAGAAUAUUUAGUAGCAAGAGAGAUGGAAAGUAAUUUUUUAUCAGAAGGCAAAGUCAACAAAAAAUUGGCUCCCAUUUUAACUCAAGUCAAGAAUGAACUUAACAAUAAAGGAGAAUGUGCUUUAAUAGAAGGUGCAACAACAACUCAUCUAAAAGUAUGCACUAUAAGGUUAGACCCAACACCUGUCAUGGACCAUCAAGUACCAAUAUUUAUAAGAGAACUUCCUGAACAACAGUGGGAUCUAACAACACAGCAAGUAACUCCUUUUAUUGAUGGCUUCAACCAUGUUGCAAAAAUAGCAGUUUUAUCUGAUGUAGAGAACAAUUUGGUAAAAGCUUGUGUGCAGAACUUAGUUUAUUAUGGUGUUGUAGCUCUGAUACCACUAUUUCAAUAUGGAAAUGUAUAUUGCACAACACCAAAACUAAAAAUGAUGGUACAAGAUAUUGACUUGCAGCAAAAAUGUUUAAAUUAUGUUGCAAAAAACCCAAGGCAACUACCAGCCAUACGAGACGUGUUUCGAAUGUACGCCGCCAUGACUAGAGGUACUACAAUUCGAGAUCUCUGCGUUAGAUUUAAUCCGAGUAAUCUCAGGAUCAAUGAAAGAAAAUUGGUACAGUUUGGCGUUCUCGAAGGAAUAAUUCGAAGAGUACAGAAAUACCCAGUAAUCGUAGCAGAAUAUUCAGAUUUACAUAAGAGUCUUUCAGGUGCAGCCAGCCUUGAUGAACUUUGUUGUUCUAUAGGGGUUGCCUCCCAACAGUUGGAAGAUCAAUUAGAACGGGACAAUAAUGUGAUGUUAUUGUGGAAGUAAAUGAAGGACGGGUUAAUGUUAAAGAAUAUUUUGUAUUGCUGUGAUAGUAUUAUCUAUUUUUUAUUUUGUAUGUGAUUUCUAAUUAAUAAAAUGUA